AAAGGAAAAGCUCUGACCCACAUUGGGUCAAAACUCACAGAACAACAUUUUUAGACCACUGCAGCAAGCAGAGAAGAGUCCACAGUUCAGCAUGGAAUUUUCUGCCCACCGGAUUUUGUUUGCAGCACUGUCAUGUCUCCUCUGCAUGGGAGGUGAAGUGCGUUGUGACUGCACAGAAACAAAUGUUCAAAUAGAAGGAGGUCAUUACACACUGACCAAGCAGCUGCAAAGAGGCAGCCAGCUGAUCUACCACUGUCCAGAAGGCUCCUAUCCAUUUCCUGCUUCUUCCCGCCUCUGCCAGCCUAAUGGCGAAUGGAAACCUAGAUUCAAAAGAUUUUCACCCCAGCGAUGCAGGUUGGUUGAAUGCCCUGACCCCAGUGUGCUGGAGUAUGGUAAUGUCUCCCCUCUUCAGGAGAAUUACUUUGUCCACAAUGUGACGACUUAUGAAUGCUAUUCUGGGUACUCACUACGAGGCUCACAGGCACGUACCUGCUUACCAAACGGCAAGUGGAGCGGCUACACUCCCAUCUGCGGUAGCGACUCAGGAGAUACUUGUGCAGAUCCUGGUGUACCAGCUGGUGCCUCAAGAACAGGCAACACAUUUGGAAUCGAUGACACUGUGAGGUACAGCUGCAACGGCAACCUGUUUUUGGUGGGGUCAAGUGAGAGAGUGUGUCAGGAGAACGGCCAGUGGACCGGCAAUGAACCAGGGUGCUACUAUAAGUACACCUAUGAUACUUCACUGGAGGUUUCACAGAAAUUUGGCGGUGCGAUCACAAACAGCCUCACUUCUAUACAGUCAGUGACUCCAGAUGACAACCAGGAGGCAAGGAUUAUCAGUUUGAAUAGAAGUGGGAUUCUUGACAUCUACAUUGCAGUGGAUAUUUCCGAGAGCAUCACCGAGAAAGACUUUUUAGAUGCGAAGCAAGCCGUCAUGUCCCUUAUCAGAAAGAUUGCUUCUUUCAGUGUGUCUCCAAACUAUGAAAUCGUCUUUUUCUCCUCUCAAGUCUAUGAAGUUUCCAAUAUUCUUGAUUUUUUGGAUGGAAAAGCUGUACAGUCAGAUGUCAUGACUAAACUGGAAAAUUUUAAAGUAGGCGACAGAAACACUGGAACUGAUCUGAACCUUGCCUUUAAGACCUUCUUGGAGCGAAUGGCCAUCAUCAGGCAACAAGUGGGAGUGGACCGUUUUAAACAACGUCGUCAUGCGCUUAUCGUUUUUACUGAUGGUGCUUAUAAUAUGGGCGGUUCGCCUGCACCCACUGUGAAGAAGAUAAAAAAUAUGGUUUACAUGAAUCACACAAGUGAUCAGGAGGCCAAUUCCAGAGACGAGUUUCUUGACAUUUAUGUUUUUGCCAUUGGAACAGAGAUCCUUGAUAGUGACCUGCAACCACUCGCAACAGGGCUGGGUGGUCAACACUACUUCAGAAUGAAGUACAUUAAAGAUUUACAAGAGACAUUUAAUCAGAUAAUUGAUGAAGAAGCCGUGAAGGGCUUGUGUGGUCUUCACAAGGAGUUUGACACGGGUAACAAGAGGCAUAGGUAUCCAUGGUCAACAUUUGUUUCUGUCCAGAAUGAGGCCACCUUUAAGAACUGCCUCGGCUCUAUGGUGACUCCUCAGUUUAUCCUGACUGCGGCUCACUGCUUACCAUUUGGAGUUUUGCCUGAACAUGUCACUAUUGAAAUUGGAGAAAAGAUAGUGAAAGGAGUUAAAAAUUUCACAAUACAUCCAAAAUACAAUGUUAAUGCUAAAGAUCCCCUUGUGAAAGAGUUUUAUGACUAUGAUGUUGCUCUCAUCCAACUGAAGGAUUAUAUUGAGAUCUCCAAUGUAAGUAGACCUAUUUGCAUACCCUGCACCCAAGAGACCAGUGAUGCUCUGCAACUUUCUGGUGAAACAACCUGCAGACAACAAGAGCAGCUUCUGUUGAAGACUCAUCUCGAACGACUCAGUUUUCUGUCGAAACGUGGAAUUACCGUCAAUGAAAGAGACAUCCACGUAAAGCUCGGUGACAAUAGAUAUGAGUGCAUCAGACAUGCAGUGGAUGCAGAGGGCAUUGAAACGGAUAAUCCAACUGAUGCAGUGACAGAUAACUUUCUGUGCAGUGGUGGCUUGAAUCCUUACAGAGAUCAUAUAGCAUGCAAAGGUGACUCUGGGGGUGCUGUGUUUAAGAACUAUGAGCAUCGCACAAUACAGCUUGCUGUGGUCAGCUGGGGAACACAGGAUGUCUGCAAUUUAAAUAAUGGGGAGUCUGUUGAAAACUCCAGGGAUUUCCAUAUAAAUCUUUUCAGAGUCGUUCCUUUCCUCAAAUCGAUCCUUGGAAAUGAUGACCAGAAUGAAUAUGAACCACUUCACUUCUUGAAGAAAUGAAAUGUGUUCACAUGACAUUAUGUGCUUUGCUAUUUCAUUUGUGAAUACUUCAUAUGUAAAAAAAUGCCUUAUGCUAUUUUUUGGUUGAUCCAAUAACUGUCAAUAGAAGAUUAACAUGAAAUGGCACAGUCUUCACCAUGUAAAGUAUAAAGCAUUCUUAUUUUUUAAAUGAACAAUUGUACUGAAGACGGUCAUGCUGUGCUGUCCUAAGUUGAAGUUUAAAACAUUUAAGAAUACUUCUUGAGGCUAAAAUCCCACUAUGUGAAGAAAUUAAAAAAUACUAUUGAA